GUGGACAGGGGAGUGAAGUGGACAGAGGAGUGCAGUGGACAGGGGAGUGAAGUGGACAGAGGAGUGCAGUGGACAGGGGAGUGAAGUGGACAGAGGAGAGUUGUGGACAGAGGAGAGAAGUGGAGAAGGAAUAUGAGUUUCUAGUCCUAAAGGGAGGAGUUUUUACACACAGCUGAAAAACACAGAGGAAGCUCAGUGCCUCAGUAUGGAGACAAAUAGUUUAAACAGAAUUCAUGAGAGAAGCUCAGAGGCGACAUGCAGAAUAACAGGAAAAAGAAAACACUUCAUAAACCGAGCAAGAGCUGGAGAAAGUGGAGGCGUGGCACAGCCGAGUGGAGACAAGCAGGAGGAGGCGGGACUCUGCACUGACCGGGAGCUCCGGCCUCUCAGUGUGGACGAUUAUCAGACGCUGCUGCAGUGCUUAAACAUUAACCUUCCUGAAGGAGCGUUAAACCCUGAGGUCAGUCACCGCUCCACACACCCUGAUGUCAUCAAGAAUUCAAAAGACAUUAUAGAAAAACUGAGAAGCUCUCAACUCACAGUAGUGGAGAAACCUCGGCUGUCGUGUGUGAAGGUCAAACACGCCUCUGACCUGAGAGACAGAGGAAAGAUUACAGACUUCCUACAGAUGUUAUUUUUUAAAAAGCGUACCAAAGCCUCAGAGAGAACCUUGAAGGAGCGUUGGGAGAUGAACACUCCUGCAAGAGGCUGCAGGUUCAGGAUGAGGGACUCGUUUAAGGAGACGCCGGUCUUCACUCCUCAAAAGUCUGCCAGAGCCCCCGGAGCUCGGAGAGCAUGGUUCGGGGAUCCGGCAGACAACAAAAAGAAUGAGAUGGACUGCUUCAGAUUCUUCCUCCAACAGAAAGGGCUGGAACUAGAAGAGGUCAUCUACAACAGAGAAUAUAAAGUAGAGUCUGGGUUUAUCUCUGGAAGGUUGGACUUUUUAUUAGAGCUGAAACAUUCAGCUGAAAGCAGCAAAGCAUCUCAGAGUGAGAAAAUCAUCAUCGAGUGUAAAGGUACAAGAGGUGACAUGGUGGGAGACGUCUUCACUUCACGUGAUGGAGAACAUCAAGCAGAAUUCAACAAACACCACAAGUAUUACUGUCAAACCCAGGCUUAUCUCUACCUCCUGAAAAAGGAAGUGAGCCCAGUUCCAGUCAGAGCUGUGUUGGUGGUGAAGGUCACUGCUGAAGAGACCAAGUUCUACUGCACUGAAGUGGAGGACGACAUGGGGAACAUGGAGGAACUGAACAGCUUCUGCCGAGAGGAAGCGCUGCCUCGCUUCCUGGCUGCUCUCAACCUCAUCUUUCAGAAAGUGAUGGAAAGAGAAGAAGAGAAGGAAAGAGAAGAAGAGAAGGAAACAGAGUCAGUGGGAGAGACAGAAAGAGACGGAACGAUGGAAAGAAUCAGCAGCAGUUAAUCAGUCUGGAGAUUAAAGCCGUGAUGAGUCAGCGUGUGUGUGUGUGUGUUUGUGUGUGUGUGUGUGUGUUUGUGUGUGUGUGUGUGUGUGACAUUGUGUCUAAUCACCUGCUACAUUCCUGAAAAUCCAACACUGAUCCUUUAAAAUAAUAAUAUAUAACAAGCAAAUUCACUAUAACACAAUUCUAACACACACACACACACACACAGUUGUGUACCGUGCACAAUAACCUUAUCCUGUUCAUUUAGUAUUUAAUGGAGAUUUCAUGUCGUUUAGAACAGAGGUGUGAACAUUCCUUUAGAAGAUCUGGACUGAAACGUAUUGAGAAACGGUUUGUGGUGAAGCUGAUGGAAAAACACUGAUUAGUCAUCAGGUUAAAGUUUUAGGAAGCUGUGUUAGGACAUGUAUUAGUAACAGCCCCACUACACACUCACACACACACACACACACACAUACACACACACACAGUCUGUGAGACUGGGACACAGGAUCAGUAUAAAAACUCUUCUGGAGGUGAUGCAGUAAGAAAAACACAGAAAUAAGACCUUUAAGCUUUUAAGAGUCAGAUGAAGGGAUUCAGGAAGUGGAAGAAGUUUCCAGAAGAUCAUGGAAGACGCUGUGAAGUGCUGAGGUUUUAUAGAAGAACAUUAAUGUUUUAAAUCUGAAGCAGCAGCUACUAUAGGAAGUCAGUGAGGGAGCAGCAGUGGGGUGGAGCUGUGUGAGAACUUCAGGAGUUCCACACUGGAUCAUCUCUCAGAGCCGACCGGAGACGCUGGACUGAAGACAAGCCUCGGGUCACUUCUACACUUUCUUCCAUUCCUUCAUCUUGCUCUCAGUUUCCUGUUCCAUCAGUUCAUCUGUAUGCCACUGGAGUCUAUCCCACGCUUCAGCUUCCUACAUUCAACACAGCAGUGAAGGACACUGAAGAUCGAACAGCAGAAGAUCAGGAGAAGUUGGAGGUGCAGAAAUGGCAGAAGAGACAGUGCCAUCUAGUGGACAUGAGAAGGAACUGGACACUCUCAGUGUUGAUGACUUCAGGUAUGUACUGCAGAGAUUGAAAGUUAAACUGCCCAAAGAAGUUCUGACACCUGAGGCGGUCAAUCGGUCCACACACCCAAACGUCAUUGCAGAUGCAACACUCAUCAAACAAGAUCUGGAAAACCACAGGCUCCGAAUUGCUCCAAUUCCUCAGCUGGCCUGUGGGAAAAUCCAGCAGGCGUUGGAGCUGAAAGCAAAUGAAGAUUUUCUAGAAAUCACAAAGAACAUAUUUUUUAGAGACUCAGAAGGGGACACCUUGAGGACACGAUGGGACAAAAACACUCGGGAUGGCUGCAGGUUCCGGAUAAAAGACACCUACCAAGAGACCAGUAGAUUAAUGAAUCCAGACGGUUCUAAUGCAAGAGUAUGGAAUAAUUCUAAAAACCAGAUGGAGGCACAGAGCUGCUUCAACUUCUACCUGCAACAGAUGGGGCUCGCUUCAGAAGAUGUCAAUUCAAAAAAAAACGGAAAGCUGGAAUUUGGAUUUCUGUCUGGAAAACCGAACUUCCUAGUGGAAAUGAAAUGCUCUCCUGAAGACGCCUCACCAUUUGAGAAAGUCAUCAUUAAAUGUAACAGUACAAGAAAUAGUACGGCAGAAAAUAUAUUCACUCGACCUAAAGAAGGUUCUCAGGCUGAGUUCAAGCCGUGUCAUCAGUACUACCUUCACACUCAGGGCUUUCUGUUCAUCCAGAAAGAGAAAGAGAAGCUGGAAGAGAAUCCUCUUCCAGUCAGAGCCGUGAUGGUGAUGAAAGCUGGAGGAAAUUUCUACUGGGGCGAGGUGAAUGAAAACACGGAGAAGAUCGAGGAACUCAACACCUGCUGCAAAGAUGAAGCUCUGCCUCGAUUCCUCGCUGUUCUCAAUCUCAUCUUUGAGAAAAUCAACCAGAUGUGAGCUGAUGCAGUAUGUCUGAUAUCACUUCAUGACUUUCUAAAAUCUCUCGUCUUUUCUUUUCUCUCAGAGUAACUGCAUUUAUCUGAUUUUUUUUUUUUGCAAGAACCUUCUGUGGUUAUUAGAGCCUCAGGAAGAUGAAGCUUCUCUAAACCGCAUGAUCUUUUCCUUUUCUGUGAUUCUAUUAUUAAAUGCUGUAUUUUUUUUAUUUAAAUGGAGAAUAAAAAUGUUGGAACAGCUGGAA